AUGUUGGUGCCACCGCAAAGAAGCGACACAAAGUUGUGUUACGGUAAUAAUCACGCUGAACUUGUUGCAAAAACGCCAUUUUCCUUUCCUGGCGACAAAGAUUUUCCAGAUCAAGUAACAGCGGCUCAGUCAGUGUCGUCCUUCUGGAGUCCCCUCAAAUCAACCAAUAUCUUCUCUCAAGACAACCGCGGGACUUUCUUCCCUACGGCCCAUGGCCUGGUGCAAACUCACCCGACCAGUGGUGUAUUCCGUAGCGGUUUCGGCGGGGAGGACAACCUCGGCACUCGGGGAGUGACGAUGAGGCCGCCGAGGACGCGGCCUCUCAAUUAUAAUGAACGCUCUACCGCCGAAUUGCGCCGAAAUCCGUCGCUCUCAUCGCCUGACGAGUGCGCUCGCGCCUGCCGUGAGAACGAGCCCCCCAGAAUAUGCUAUUAUCACUUUACACUCGAGCAUUACACCGUACUCGGCGCAGCGUGUCAAGUAUGCACGCCGAACGCUACCAACUCCGUGUGGAGCGAGUGUCAGUGUGUCUUGGCGGACGGAGUGGAACGAGGUAUCUUAACCACGAACAGGAUGAUCCCUGGACCGAGCAUUCAGGUGUGUCAGGGUGACAAAGUCGUUAUUGACGUAGAAAAUCGUAUAGAAGGAAUGGAAGUCACGAUUCACUGGCAUGGCGUAUGGCAAAGAGGAUCUCAAUAUUACGAUGGUGUACCUUUCGUGACGCAGUGUCCUAUUCAAUUGGGUAAUACGUUCAGGUAUCAAUGGACAGCCGGAAAUGAGGGUACACACUUCUGGCAUGCUCACACUGGCAUGCAAAAAAUAGAUGGUGUCUACGGAAGCGUAAUAAUCCGACAGCCACCGAGCAAGGAUCCCAACAGCAAUCUGUACGAUUACGAUUUAACCACGCACGUAGUACUCAUCAGUGACUGGUUCCACGAGAGCGCUAUCGAACGUUUCCCUGGUCGCCUUGCAGUCAACGUUGGUCAAGCACCAGAAAGCGCGCUGAUCAACGGGAAAGGUCAAUUUAGGGAUCCUAAUACCGGUUUCAUGACAAAUACGCCUCUCGAAGUGUUCACGAUAACUCCAGGCCGUCGUUACCGAUUCCGAUUGAUUAAUUCCUACGGAUCAGUAUGUCCCUCCCAAAUUACAGUCGAGGGUCACACUCUCACUAUUAUCGCCACCGAUGGUGAAGCAGUGCAGCCAGUACAAGUGAAUACCAUAAUUUCAUUCUCAGGUGAACGUUACGAUUUCGUCAUAAAUGCCGAUCAGCCUGUCGGCGCUUAUUGGAUUCAACUUCGUUCUCUUGGAGAAUGCGGAAUUCAACGAGCGCAGCAGCUGGGUAUUCUGCGAUAUGCUCGUGGUCCUUAUCAACCAUCUACUCUACCGCCUACGUAUGACUUUGGUCUUCCUCAGGGCGUUGUCCUAAAUCCUCUGGAUGCCAUUUGCAACCGACCGCGCGAGGAUGCGAUUUGCGUGAGCCAACUGAAGAACGCUCGCCACAUCGAUGAGGGUAUUCUGCAGCAACGCCCUGACGUGAAGAUCUUCCUGCCGUUCCGCUUCCUGUUGUACAGACCAGAAGAGGUCUUCCAGCCGCAGACCUACAAUCGCUUCCUCGUUGCGCCAACCGGUGACCACGUGAUUUCCCUCGUGGAUGAGAUCUCGUUCACGUUCCCGCCAUCGCCUCCAAUCUCGCAGCUCGAGGACAUCCCACCUGAACAAUUCUGUAACGGUGAUAAUAGACCAGCUGAUUGCGGCGCCAACUGUAUGUGUACACAUCAGGUCGACAUUCCAUAUAACGCGGUCGUCGAGGUGGUUCUCGUAGACGAAGUACAACAACCCAACCUGUCGCAUCCAUUCCACUUGCACGGAUACGCGUUCAACGUAGUCGGUAUCGGCCGUUCUCCCGAUAGGAACGUGAAGAAAAUCAAUUUGAAGCACGCCCUCGAUCUCGAUAAGAAAGGUCUCCUGCACAGAGAGUUCAACCUGCCCCCCGCUAAAGACACCAUCGCUGUUCCCAACAACGGUUACGUCAUCUUCCGCUUCCGCGCGGACAAUCCGGGAUACUGGCUGUUCCAUUGCCACUUCUUGUUCCACAUACUGAUCGGCAUGAAUCUGAUCCUGCACGUCGGGACGCAGGCGGAUCUGCCGCCAAUACCGCCGAACUUCCCGACCUGCGGUGACCAUUUGCCACCCAUCACGCCACCGCUGUCGCUGAACGCGUUGAACCCGUUCCUCCAUUAAUGUGUGAACGACGAGCUCAGAAACUGAGAGAGGGAGAGACGCUCCAAAGUCCAUACGAUACUUGUAGCAUAUUUCUGUAAAGUAGAGAGCCUGUAAUAUUGAUUUUUUUUUUUCAACUAUGCAACCUCGUAAACCGUUCUCGAGAGCGUGCUCUCAGCUCGAGAACGGCGAUCGAUCGAGCGAGGAAUCCGACGGAUGUCGAUCCGCUGUCUCGCGAGAGUGGCUAUAUAAGAGCGUGAAAGACGAUGGAGAGGAAAGUCAGAUGUUGAGGAGACUCGCGAGGCAACGGGUUAAUAAAAGGCGAUCGGCGCCCCGCUGGGCAUCGCGAAACGAUGAACAUUCUCAGAGGUAACAAUAACUUUAACGUUGAGAGAUAAUGUUGGCGGCAGUUGAUAAUUUAUUGUGUUACAGAUGCUUCACCCAUCACUGUUAUUUAUGCUAUGUCUAUUACGCGUCAUCCUUGCUUGUCACUCACUGCCGUUUAUAAUUCACGAUUCUAAAAUUUAGUUGUCACCAUCAAUUUCACUGUAAAACAUGUCGUGGAAAAUAUUUUGGGCAUGUCUUCUAGAAAUAUUCGAAAAAUAUCUACAGGAUGUGUAAGGCUUAUAUCCGUAACUGCAAUGGCGAAUCCGCGAAUGCCGAUGUGGCGAGUGAAGCAUCUCAGCGGGAAACGUACAAACGUUACUGGCUAACGUUUGUAACGCUCUGUAAAUAAUGUAGAAAUAGUCACUAUACUUAACGAGAUAUUAAUGUGGGAGUAACGGGGUUACGUAGCGUAAGAGGGGCAUCGCCGAGAAGCCGUGAUGGCGGUCCAGGCGGAAAAUUAUCGUUAGGAUAAAUGCCCUUCCAACAGGCUGGAUCUGUACGAUCACGGAAUCCGCGACUUAUCAAAAUUAUUUAAGGACCCUGCUAUAUCAACUUUGAAACGAUUACUUACAAAGAUAUAAAUUAUCUUUCAUUUGUGAAGCAUAAUAUUUAUUUAAGCUUACAACGAUAACUCUAAAUAUUAACUGUAAAUUGUUUGACUUUAUUUUCGUUGAUCAAUCUAUUAUUUUAAUCAUCUUUGUGACUACAUUUUGUCGUACGCUUCACGUUGUUUGUCGUUUAAAGCCGGAGAGAAAAUAAUAACGAGAUAUAAUAAUUUUGUGACGAUGUAUCAUGCGAUUAAUCGUGACUACAAAUGGUGACGAGUUUCCCUCGACAGAUCCAGGCUCCUAAAAGUCUUUUAGUUAGGAAGUGAAUUCGCGCUUAUGCCCGAAAUUGCGCGUUUCGUCAUUGUUCUGUCAGUCUAUAAAAUUAAAUCGAUGAAAGUAUUAGUGUAAUAUCGGCGCGGCUAUCUUAAAUUUUACGUAAAAACCUCGAGUAUGUCGUAUCAAGGUCCAAAUUGCGAUGUUAAUGACUAUCGUUCUUCUCGAGGCUACAUCAGCGAGGUUAUAUCAAUACAUUAAUAUUUAUUUUUUUUACACCUACCAUUUGCAUUACCUUUCGAAAUUCGGCGAUAUUCCAAAUUGAUCUGUCGCGAAGACACAGAGAUGCAGGCUGACACGUUAUCAUUAGUAUAUCGCGCUACGCAUAUGGCGCAAUAAUAGCUGUACGUUUAUUCAUGGUGCCUCAAUUUUCUAUAGAAAAUACAUUUAUACGCAACUCACAAUUAACGCUUAAAUCGUUCGGUCAUAUACAGAAACACUACUCUUAGAUACGCGAGGUAAUCGCACGCGCGCAUGUAUGUCGUGCCUUAUACGUGUAGAUAAAAUUUAAUUCCCUGGUACAUUUCUAAAUAUACGCUAAAUACAUUCGUUAGAAUCGCCGAGAGACAAAACACUUAAUAGCGUAAUCGUGAAACGUACUUAACAUGUCGGCUUGAUGCAAAAGGAAUGUAGCGUAAAACCGAAUUUUUCAGUUGGUAUUACCAAGCCAAGGGAAAGAAUAAGAAAAUCCAUUUUCCCAACUAUCAUAAAAAUAAAAGAAAGUUAAAAAGGUAAUUUAACAUAGCCAUUUUUAACAUAGAGAUAUUUUUUCAUAAACCGUUAGUUUUAAGGCUUAAAGUAAAUUAAAAAAAAAAACGUUAUUUUACAUAGCACAAGUCUCCUCGUUAACGCGAAAAAAAUACCAACUGAAAAAUCAUCUUUUUUUUUUAAAUCGUAAUCCUUUUGCAUUGAACUAUCAAGUUGUGCGGAGUGUCCGGUGUUGUUGCUUUCUCGAGUCGGCCGUUCGCUUUCUCGCCUCGGCAAAGGAGAACGUUCCUGGGAUUAAGAAGCACGAUUUAGAGACCGUGCAAAAGCCAAUGCGAAUCUGCGAUGUGAGAGCGAAAGGAUGUAUUUUUUUUAUACUAUCAAUCGAGUCGGUCGGCUUCGGAGACUGUGACAGUAUGUGUCAAUCUAUUUGAAUAGACGCGGAUAAAACGGUUUUGUGGGAUAGCAAAUAUACGCUGUGUUUUUAAACCUGUUGUAUAAUCAUUUUAUUCUUAAUAGGAAAUAGCUCUUAAAAGAGAUAUCAAGGAGAAACGUACCUGCCGUUUAAUUAAAUGUAUUACGAGCACGUUGAUUUUGCGUUUUCUCGUAAGCGAAUCUAAAAUUCAAUGGCUCACUCAUGGCGCAACGAUGAACAAAGUGAUUUCAUCGUCGAACGAUGAAUCAUGAUUCAUUAUGCGCAAGCAAUGAGGAAUGCAAUAUACCUAAAUCGAGCUAAUCCAUCUUCAGUACGGAGAUAAUCAUAAUAUUCGUAUUGUGUUACGUAUUGUUAAGGUUAAUCAGAUUAAUUGCAACGUCGAUACAUGGCAAUUUUAAUGAUGAAUCUGUUAAUUAUUAUAAUUGAUUAGUAGAUCUUAUAAAAUUGAAUUACUAGACUAAAAAGGCUUGAAGACUAAAAGGCAUUUAGACAAUUAUAUUUAAUAUUCGGAAACGUCAUGUAUAUCUCGGUAUUAACGCUAUGUUUGCACAUCGCAUUUUCAGAAAGUCACAAAGUACUAAUCAAACUUUUGAGGGUAGCUAAAUAACAAUAUAUGUGACAAUACUACUUUGUCUUACAAAUUAAAUGUUCAUUUUUUAGACUGUGCAGUUCAAAUAUUUUUACUGCAGAUAAAUUCAUGAAAGUUUCCUAUGCGUCUUGAAUAAUUUUUCAUUAAUUUCGCUAAAACUUUUUCUUAUCAACCAUAGUCUUUGAAGAUAAAAACAAACAUUUUGUCUUAAGUAUUCACGCAAAUUGUCUAAUUUGAGGAUCUCUCCGAUUUUAUUAAAAGCUACAGUAAAAGAAAUUAACUACAAUUAUUUUGAUUAACUUUUCGAGCAGGUACAGCGAUCGUUGUAAAUAUUGUAAUACUGAAAAUUUUACGGUAUUCACAUAGCUAGUAAUAUCAGUUCUCUCCCCUGUCCCCGUGUAAUUAUUCAUGUAACUAAACCCGUAUAAAUAUUGUCAGUUACCAUCCGUAAGCAUAUGAUUUUUCGUGUUUUAUAUGGAGUAUUUAAACGAGAGUUAUAUUUGUGUAGGGGCGCAUGCACAAGUCUACUGCUGCGGACCGUUCAAUCGUAUUUUAUUCUAUAAUAAAAAUGUAUUUUUAAUAAUAAAUCGUUUUUCAAAAUACUAUUUAAUAAUUUUUAUAUUUCCAUUAUAGACAUGCCGACAUUAUUACUUUUCUUUAGAAGAAGAGAGGAGACUUCUAACAAAUCUAUUUCUCAAUUUUUGCAUAAAGACUAAGUUUUUAUAGAUAUCCAACGUUAACUACUAUACUUCGCCGAGUGGGUGUAAUGAGCAUAUUUUGCAAAGAAAAUGUGAUGACUCUUACGUGAUCAUAGCCCGCCCACCUAGAAGGUCAUAACAGAGUAACCGGAUAUGAAAGUAGAAAAAAAGAUGUUCUGGCAAAACGAGAACACAAAAAUGAGAUGCGUUAUUAGCAUUAAUAAUAUGGCCUCGGUGCUCUCAUUCGGCGCAUGUUACUGAAGCAACAUUAUUAUUACAUCCGCAAAAGUUAUAAUUUUAUGCAAAUACUGUACAAACUAUGAUUGUCGACUACAUCGUGGAAAGAAAUACAUAAAUUCGAACGUGACUAGCUAGUAGAGAAAAUGUAUUAGAGAGACCAUUGCGGUUAUUAAUAAAAAAAAUUAUUCUAAA